CAUAUCGCGACUUGGAUCGGUGACAGCAAGAUCAGAGAUGGAAAGUCCUCAUGAACACCAGCAGAAUCUUCUGCUGUCUCGCAUCAUCACCAAUGUGGAGAAACUCAAUGAGGCUAUUAUGCUUCUGAAUAAGAGUCUGCAAGAAAUAAACAUUCAAAACAUGAACGUCGAGCUUGUUGCCCAAAUGUUCAAGAACUAUCAGUCGAAUGUCCUCUUCCAUCUGGAAGCCACCGAUGCUCUCAAAGACCCCUCAUGAUGGGUGGAGCAAUAGAUUGUGUUUGUAGAGUAGGGUCAGGUCUUCUGGCGUUAGAGCACCAUCUGGUCUUUGGUCAUAGGAAUGGAGGAAAGCAAUGAUACCUUAAUGCAUUAUGAAUUUCACCUGAGAAAUGCACUCUGAUAUUCUGGUUGUCCCUCUUGAUAUCAUCAGCCUCGUCGGAGUGAAUUUUAAGUUUUGCCGACCUCAGCCUCGAACAGCUAGAUGAUGAGAACAAUAGUUAGAACAAAUCAAUUGCUAAGCAACCGCAUUCGCCUUCAAAACCCAAAGCUAUUUCGACAAAUCCAGCAUCUGCCCGCGACUCUCAU